AUGCGAGUUGCAGGGUUGCACCACGGGGACCGGGAACUGGAGCUGCGGCUGGGGGCCUCGCACUGCCGCUACCAGGCCGCAGUGGGCGGCCGGAAAUCAGCCGCAGUUGGCAGCAAUCGUGCGCUGGCGCCGGGCGAGCCGCAGCUGCAGGAGCGCAUGGCCUUCUGGACCUCCACCGCCGGCUACCCCGUCAUCAACGUCACCAAGGACGGCAGCCGGGUGCAGCUGAAGCAGUGGAAGUUCCAGCUGACGCCGUCCGGGGAUGGCGAGGCCGCAGCGCCGUGGCCCAUCUUCAUUACCUUCAACAACGGCUCCCAGCUGGGUAGCGGCGACGUGAUGCAGAGCGUGUGGAUGCUCGACGACGAGAUGGACAUCACCGUAGGUCUGUCGGAGGGAGAACUGAUACUCCUCAACUACAAAUGGACCGGUUUCUACCGCGUCAACUACGACAGGAUCGGCUGGCAGGUGGUGCAGGCCCAGCUCGUGUCCGACCACCUGGUGGUUCCCCGGGAGACGCGUGCCCAGCUGGUGAGCAACUCCUUCAACCUGGCGCGGUCCGGCCACCUGCCGUGGGGGCCGCCGCUCGACAUCUCCCGCUACCUGAGCGAGGAGCGGGACUACCUGCCCUGGGCUGUCGCCUUCCGCAACUUCGACUUCCUGGACACAGCCCUCGCGCCUUCCGAGUACUACUCCUCCUUCAAGGCGUACAUGCAGGCCCUGCUGGCGCAGCCGUACGCCGCGCUGCGCUUCGAGGUGCUGCCGGACGACGAGCACGCGACGCGCCUGCUGCGGGUCUCGGUGCUGCGGCGCGCCUGCCGCGUCGGCUACCCGCCGUGCCUGCAGGCCGCCGUCGACCUGGCCGCCGACGCCUUCCCGGAGGGCGGGCAAAACGACGGCGACGGGGCAGCCAGCGUGGAGCCGGACCUGCGCAGCACGGCGUACUGCGUGUGGGCGCAGGACGGGCACUUGUGGGGCAGGCUGUGGCAGCGCUACCUCGACACCGCGGUGGCCACCGAGAAGGUGGAGCUGCUGAGCGCGCUCGGCUGCUCCCAGGACAACGCCACGCUCUUCGCGUAUCUGACGAACGCACUGAAUGCUAGCCUGGUGAGGCCCCAGGACUGGACUACGGUGUACGCCGGCGUCUACUCCACGCCGUUCGGUCUGCAGGUCGCCAUGGACUUCAUCGAGACGCGUGCGGCCGACCUCUCCACACAACGCGUCAUAACAUAA